AUGUUUGAAAAUUUAAAAGCGUUUAUAAGACAUGGUAAACAAGCCAAUGAUUUAAAGAAAAAACCAACAACUUCAAUAAAUGAUUUAAAUACAUCACCAUUAUCAACUGAAUUUUCCAAUAAUUUAAAAACAUCAUCUGAUUUUACAAAUAAUGAAAAUCCAUUUGGUUCAAAUUAUGAGAUAAUAGAUAGUUAUAAUCCAUCAGAUAAACAAUAUCAACAAUAUCAAGAAGAAUAUGCACAACAAUUACAACAACAACAAGGCCAAGUUCAACCUCAACCUCAAAAUCAAGGAAUCUACAACAAUAGUACUGAUGCUUUUACAAAUCAAAAUUUUUCAGAUGUUACUUUAAAUGAAUCAACUCAUACAAAUCAAGAACAAGAUUAUAAUAAAUUAGCAGCACAAAUGGUUGAAGAAGAAAAUAAACAAAAACAAAAAUCAAAAAAUAAAAAAUAUCCAAAUUUAGAUAAUUAUAAAGUAAUGGAACAAAUGGGAGAAGGAGCAUUUUCAGUAGUUUAUAAAGCAAUAAAUUUAAAAACCAAUAAGGAAGUUGCAAUAAAAAUUUUAAGAAAAUUUCAAAUGGAUCAACAACAAAAACAAGCAGUUUUAAAAGAAGUUACAAUAAUGAGACAAUUAAAUCAUUCAAAUGUUGUUAAAUUUAUUGAAUUUAUUGAUUCUCCUGUUUAUUAUUAUAUUGUACAAGAAUUAGUAAGUGGAGGAGAAAUUUUUACAAUGAUUGUAAAAUAUACUUAUUUAAGUGAAGAUUUAUCAAGAUGGAUUAUAAAACAAGUUGCUUUAGCUAUAAGAUAUUUACAUGAAGAAGUUGGAAUAGUUCAUAGAGAUAUUAAACCUGAAAAUUUAUUAUUUGAACCAAUUGAAUUUAAACCAAGUAAUAAUCCAAUAAGUAAAUUAAGAAAAAGUGAUGAUCCAAAUUCAAAAAAGGAUGAAGGUGAAUUUUUUAAUGGUAUUGGUGGUGGUGGAAUUGGAAUUGUAAAAUUAGCUGAUUUUGGUUUAAGUAAACAAAUUUGGGAACAUAAUACAAAAACUCCUUGUGGUACAGUUGGUUAUACAGCACCAGAAAUUGUAAGAGAUGAAAGAUAUUCAAAAGAAGUUGAUAUGUGGGCUAUUGGAUGUGUUUUAUAUACUUUAUUAUGUGGUUUCCCACCAUUUUAUGAUGAAAGAAUAGAAACAUUAACUGAAAAAGUAGCAAAAGGUCAAUUUACUUUUUUACAACCUUGGUGGGAUGAAAUUAGUCAAGAUGCAAAAAAUUGUGUAAAUAAUUUAUUAACUGUUGAUCCAAAGAGGAGAUAUACUAUAGAUGAAUUUUUACAAGAUCCAUGGAUGAAUAAAGAAUCUUCAACUGCUACAUUGAGUCAGAAACCUUCAAUUCCAGAACAUGUUAAAAAAUCACAUCCAAUACAAUCAGCAAAUAAUGGAUCUACUGGUUCAACAAAUUCAACAAAAUAUUCUAAAAAAUUUAAAGCUCAAUCAACUCAUCAAGAUCUUUAUUCUCCUGCAGCAGUAGCAUUAAGAGAUGCAUUUGAUAUUUCUACAGCAGUACAUAGAAUGGGGGAAGAAGCUGCUUUAUCAAGACAUGGAAAUAAUCAACCAAAUAUUGAAGAUUUAAUUGAAGAAGAAGAAGAAGAAAAUGAAGAAGAUAUAAGUGGAUCAGGUAGAGUUUUAAAACAUCAUCAAAGAUCAAAUAAUAACUACCAAAAUAAUCAAAGUUCAAGAGUACCGAGAUCUACUGGUGCUGGUGGUAGAAGACAUCAUCAACAACAACAAAUAUUUAAUAAAGUUAAUAAUGGAUUUGAUUUAAAUUUAGGUGGUGCUUCAAUAAUUGAAAGAAGAAAAAAUAAACAAAUACCAAUUCAAUCAAGUUAA